GGUAGGACACAGAGUGUGUUACAUGUGUAAAACGUUGUUUCUGUUCCUAACACUGAGGUUGUAGCCUCUUUGUUGAUACAUAUCAGUAACGCGUUUGUCUCCGAGUUCUUGGGGCGUGAAGUUCAUAGAACAGGACCCGUUUCUGGCUCGACGCCCAGAAAAUUCUGAGGUCCAGCCAGAAUCUACUGUCGUCAUGGAAACCACACAAUGACUGACACGACCUCGGCCGACCCGGAGGAGGCACAGGCUGUUGCCAUGGCAACACAGCCUCCCGCUGACAAGCAGCUGUACCCGGCCGUUGCCAUGUAUGGCCCCUGCAACGUGUUUGACCUUGAGCCUGGAAAGGUCAAACUGUGGUGCCGCUGUGGACUCAGCAAGAAGCAGCCCUGGUGCGAUGGUUCUCACAAGGGAACCGGUAUCACCCCCCUGCGUUGGCAGGUCCCCCCCCAGCCCCAGCGACUCUACGCUCUCUGCGCCUGUAAAUACUCCGCAGACCCCCCCUACUGCGACGCUACGCACACCAACCUGCCCUGCCAGGUACUGCAGCGACAGGGGGCGUGCCUAAACAAGGAUGGGCACGACAAGAGCACCAAACUCUGCACAGGGUGUGGCUGGGUGCCCGACUUCUGACACCUAUUGACUGUGUCAGGUAUUGCAGCUGCAGGACACCUGCUGACUCUGCCUGGUACUGCAGCGACAGGACACCUGCUGGCUGUGUCUGGUACUGCAGCAGAAUUGGGACAAAUGCAGGACAGUGCAAAUUGUACAUGUAGAUGAUGUAGCCUUAUAUGAUAAUAUUAGGCUUGGUUUUGGACAGGUUUACAGGAUAGUUGCUGUGUCUCAACAGGAGUCAGGACAGUAAUAAGAAGUGCAAGUGUGAUGACAUCCAUGUAUUCGACUUGACUUUGCCAUUGUUGCCUUUAAAUUUGAUAUAUCAUAAUAGUUACUUUAUUGUCUGUUGAAAGUGGCUAGAGAUUUUUGAGAUGAAUAAACUAAACCUGAAUCUGGUCUGUAUUUUGUAGAAUCUUAUUAUACUCCUACUAUAGCUAGGUCUGCUUGAGUCUGAAAUCCCUGUCUGACAAGCAAAAUGUGAAUAAAACAAACAAACAUGUUUAAAGUUAAAACUUUAGAUAUAACACAGAAAGUUCUCUCACCUAGAGCUUUCACCCUGGUCUUCCUCAGUAGACUGACCCAGUAAGGCUUGUCAAGUGGCUUCUUUGAAGUGUGACAUCAGCAAAGUGUGUUGGAUCUAGAGUUUUAAAGUUUAAACUCUAAACGAGUAACUACCAACACAGAUGAACUUUCAUGAUAAAGAAACGAAUACUUGACACAUGAGGUGGUUAUGAGGGUUGUCCCCCUCCUUUCUUUGACUGUGAAAACUUUACCCACAAUCCUCAUGAUGUACCCACAAUGCACCAGAUACAAGCUACCAGAUUUAGUUA